AUGUCGCAACAGCAACCGCGAAAACGAGGGGCAAACUAUACACAAGAUGAAAAAGCAUUACUACUCGAUCUUGUCAUGCAAUAUAAAGAUAUCAUAGAAUGUAAAAGAACUGGAGGCAAGUUUAUUGAGAAGAAGAGAGAAGUAUGGAUGGCUAUUACAAUAAAAUUUAACAGUAGUUGCACUAGUGGUACAAGAGACACGGACCAAUUAAAAUCAUUGUAUGAUAAUAUGAAGCAAAAAUCUUGCAAAGAUGUUGGAGCAAGUAAUGUGAGUAGUCUAUAUCUAGAUGGUCACAUUGAUGAAUGCUGGUUAUAAUGGGCACAUUAUGUAAUUA